GCGGGGCGGGACGGGGCUCGUCUGCGCUCCGCGAGGGCCAGAGUGCAACUGCAGACCCGGCAGAACUCAACGGGGCUGGACGGUCAUGCCCAAGUACUGCCGGGCGCCGAACUGCUCCAACACUGCGGGCCGAUUGGGCGCGGACAACCGCCCUGUGAGCUUCUACAAGUUCCCCCUGAAGGAUGGCCCCCGGCUGCAGGCCUGGCUGCGGCACAUGGGCCGUGAGCAGUGGGUGCCCAGCUGCCACCAGCAUCUGUGCAGCGAGCACUUCACGCCCUCCUGCUUCCAGUGGCGCUGGGGGGUGCGCUACCUGCGCCCAGAUGCAGUGCCCUCGAUCUUUAACCCAGGCCCCAGCAAGAGGGAGCAAAGCAGCGGAAGCAAGGAGAACCCUCAGGUGCCACCACCUCUGCAGGAGGCCACGCCCCAGCCCCCAGGCCCAGCCAACCCCCAACAAGGCCCUGUACACCUGGUGGUACUGGGGCCAGCAUCUGGAGGCCCUGAGGCCAAGGCCACUGUCUUCCUGACCCCGAUGCCCCUUCCACCAGCAGCCCCAGCACCCCCACACGGAGUCCCUCCCCAGCACCCCAGGGCCAGGCUGGGUGCCGUGCUGGGAGCCCUCCAGCAGAGGGUGCGGCGGCUCCAGCGACGUCAGGAACAGCACCAGGCACAGCUGCGGGCUCUGGAACAGCUGGCACAGCAGCUGCACUGGGAGAGCCUGCUGGCACGGGCACGCCGGGGCCAGCUGCAUGGGCUUCCUGGACCAGAGGAAGCCCGAACCUUCACCAUCAUCUGCGGAGGAUCUGACAUAGCCAUGGUCCUCACCCAGGGUCCUGCAGUUCCCACACUGGAUGUCAAGCCCGAGCUCCUGGACACUCAGCCCCUCAGUGCAUUAGGACCGUGACAGAUAAUGUCAUGGGACAGAUGGCGGAAGGUGAAGGAAGAGACAGCUUGCCCAGCCCCACCACCCAUGCCUGUGGCAUAGCAGUGCCUCCCUCAAAAGCCUGGCUCCCACCGCUCCUCCUGGGGGCCCCUGAACCUUACGGCCCAUCAGCCUAGACACCCAGGAGCCCCAGCAUCUCUGGGUGACUGCUCCUCACCACCCCAACUCAAAUCUUUGUAGUCUGUAAAACAGUCUUAGAGCAGAACAAGGGUUGUUUGUGUGGGAAGACUUAUAUCUGGUUCUGAAGAGCCUCACACCCUUUCCCAAGCCUGGUGCCAAGCUGGGGAUACAGCAGUGCACACAUCUGACAAAAUCCUGUCCUCGUGGUGCUCACAUUCUGCUGGAGUAGAAGAUGAACCAGGGCCCUCCCUGGUGGCGCAGUGUGUUGGAGCGCUGCACUGCAAAGCUAAGCCAGGCUGUGGCCA